AGUCGAUGAGAGACAUGAAACAUCAUUCAUUAGUUGUUAAUUUUCUCAAAAUCUAAAGGCACAACCUAGAUUCGAGCUAAUGUCUUCAGUAGUUUAACAUGUUAUUACUCCAACCUCGUGAAAGUGACAAACUGACUCAAAACUCAAAAACAACUUAAUAUCGAAGGAGUGUCUUUGUGUUGACGGCCUGCACAUGCGCAGUUUGGCGCGAGACGGGCGUUUAGACACCGUUUCCUGAUUUGUUAUUGGAAGCAUACGUAUUUACAACAAUGAAUUUAACGUGUAGACCCGAUUAAGUGUUUCUGUUCAUGAGUUUAGCUAGCCAACGUCACCAUGACAUCGUCUACUACAAGAGUGAUCGGGUAUUUCUAUUGGAGAAGCAGUUUCUGUCAAGCUUCAUACUGCACUGUCUUUGGUCCAAUGUUCCAUCCAUUCAUCGUUUGUUUCUUUCCUGAAUGUGCGUCUCAGUUGUAAUAUUUUGAUCAUUGGGCUGUCAGUGAUUGGUCGUAUAUUGAAAAUUGGGCGGUUCUCUAGUUCAUCCAAGGCGUGGCAUUAACAACGCGGGAACUGGCGGGUUCUGUUACUUUUGUUUCGAGUCGAACGUGUUGCAACCCGCUUAACUGAUUCCUUUUAUUUAUCGUGUGAUAAUCCUGAUGGGCUCCCGCUCCAAGUUGUUCCUGGCGAAACACGUUGGCGGCAACGUUACAAAGUUGCAGAUUUAUUCACAAAAGUUUAGUUAGUUCGCAUUCUAACGUUAGCUUGAAUUUGAGGCAGCUACUGCUGUUAGCUAACGUUUUUCUUUGUUUAAAAAAAUACAGCGGUUUGUAUUAGAUGAUAGCUCUCUAGCUAGCUAACCAAAACAGAACUUGUGUGACAUGGAAUCAUUUCAGAAAGUGGAAAAGAUUGGAGAAGGGACGUACGGAGUGGUGUACAAGGCAAAGAACAAAGUCACUGGAGAGACCGUUGCCCUCAAGAAAAUCAGACUAGACACGGAAACAGAGGGAGUACCAAGCACUGCCAUCCGAGAGAUAUCACUCCUCAAAGAGCUCAGCCACCCAAAUAUUGUUGAGCUCCGUGAUGUCAUCCACACAGAGAACAAACUGUACCUGGUUUUUGAGUUCCUACAUCAGGACCUCAAGAAGUUCAUGGACUCCUCCUCUGUCUCUGGUAUCGCUUUGCCACUUGUCAAGAGUUACCUGUUCCAGCUGCUACAGGGCCUGGCCUUCUGUCACUCCCACAGGGUUCUCCAUCGGGACCUGAAGCCCCAGAACCUGCUCAUCAAUGCCCAGGGGGAGAUCAAGCUUGCUGACUUCGGCCUGGCUAGGGCCUUCGGGGUGCCUGUCCGCACCUACACUCAUGAGGUGGUAACUCUAUGGUACCGAGCUCCAGAAAUUCUCUUGGGCUGCAAAUACUACUCUACAGCUGUUGACAUCUGGAGUUUGGGUUGCAUCUUUGCUGAAAUGAUCACUAGGAGGGCCUUGUUUCCAGGUGACUCCGAGAUCGAUCAGCUGUUCCGAAUCUUCCGUACCCUGGGUACUCCGGAUGAGGCGGCCUGGCCAGGAGUCACCUCCAUGCCCGACUACAAGCCCUCCUUCCCAAAGUGGGCCCGGCAGGAGCUGUCCAAAGUGGUGCCCCCUCUGGAUGACGACGGGAGAGAGCUUCUUGGGCAAAUGCUGGCCUAUGACCCAAACAAGAGGAUAUCUGCAAAAAAUGCCCUUGUCCAUCGGUUCUUCCGUGACGUCACCAUGCCAAUGCCACACCUACGACUCUGAGACAUGCAGACUGACAGGGACAAUACAUAGCGCAGGGUCUUUCCAUGAGAGACCUCUGAGCAUAAGGACUGCCACAGCUCUUAUCCACACCUGAAUAGUACAGUCCAGAAGAUGGGAGAGAUCACAGGGAAAUAUGGGUGCCAUUCCAAAAAUCAUUCCAGCAGCUAAAACCAGCGUUUUAUAAAUUAGAUGUCCUGUGAGUUUUUUUUCUUCUUUUUUCUUUACAGCUAUGAGUGCUUGUUAUGGAGUGGAGAAUGGAUUGGAAAAUUCCAGUUGUUUCAGCAUUCGAUUUGUAUUGAAGGGGUUGUGUUUAGAUUUUAUCAAACUUGUUAUGCCAAUUUUAUAAAUGUUUAAUGAUUAUACAUAAAGAUAAACUUGUUCCAAAUCUUCUAUUGUCUUUUCAAUUCAUGUAAUUUUGUAUAUUUACAGGUACUAUAUGCGAGUUAACAUUCACAAUCCUGUGCCAACUUUCGGCAAGCUCUUCAUUUGAGUUAGGUUAACAUUGUGUGACAAUAUGAAACAUAUGGUCUGUGUUAUUUUUGAAGAUAUUUCAUCAAGGCUUGACAUAAGAAGUUCUAUAGUAUAGCCACAAACAAAAGGGGGUAAAGGAGGGUUAAUUACAAGUAAAUUGUUUUUGAACAAUCACAACAUGUAGUGUUGAUCCCAUGUCUUGAUCUGAAAUAAAUACCAAAAAUCGCA